UUAAUAACCAAUGUCUCCUCGAGACUAGAAUAAUGUUAUGUGUUUCAACUUGAAACUCGAGUUUCAGACGACACGGAAUCCUCUAAAUUUCAAUCCCGACUCGCGGUUAAAGUACACGUAUCUUUGACAUGUGAUUAUUAAAUUAUAUCUUCUCGGGUUACUAGUCGCCGCUAGACUAUUCGCGUUUGCGUCGAUAUAACAUUUUCAUUUUGUUUCACUUAUUUCCGAGGUGAACGAAAACAAUGGAAAACGACUCACCAAACUUGUUCGACAGCGAACCGAUGUCGGUGAAGCUGAAUUUUCAUGAAAACACCGCCGACAACGACGACAUCUUGACCGAGAUUUUAGAAGAAAUACGAGAAGAAGACCACCGACCACCAGUCGUAAAAAACGUCGCCGAGGCGACGGACAGUAUCGUCGACGAACCACUUGUUGACACGGUCGAGUAUCACACCGACGAUUCGGAUGACGAAGACGGCCAUACAGCUGAAGAACCACUUGUUGACACUGUCGAGUAUCACACCGACGAUUCGGAUGACGAAGACGGCCCACCGGCGGACGCCGACCCCGACCAGUCGACAGGGUCGCGGAAAGAGGAUUCCCCGGGCGCCAAGACGAAAGAUGUCCACAGGGGAUUGCCGCCCGGCCGCGUGAAGCUGAUUAUGAAAAUGGACCCUGACGUCAAUAUAGUGGCGGGCGAAGCAGUGUUCCUGGUCACAAAGGCGACGGAGCAAUUUGUCUCGAUUUUGGCACAACACUGUCACAAAGCGAUGGUGGCCACAAACAAGAAGACUUUGCAAAAGAAGCACAUAGACGCCGUGAUUGAAGACAAUGUGCCGUUUGAAUUCUUAGAAGGCACAUUAGAUUGGUAAAACCGUUUUGAUUAUGCUCACAUUUUUUUUUACUCUAUAUAUUUUGUAAUAUAAUACUGUAUAUAAAUUUAAUAUGUCAAUACUGAUUUGUUUAGAAUAAUAAAAUGUCUCUAGCACUGACCAAACAUGCACAGUGACAUGAGCAUUUUUUAUUUGUAAGACAAAUUAAGUUGGCAUGCUACAGAUUUUGUAAGUAAAUCUGGAAAUAUAUAUUAUUAUUAAUUAUUUUUUAAAUGAUCCAGUCUUUGAUGAUUUUUUUAGACACAAUGUUUAUUUUAUACAAGUACAACAAAAAAAAAAAAAAAGUAAAUAAAUAAAAACACAACACUGCACAUAGGUUAACAGAAAUAAUUUUGUUUUAAUCACAAUUUUAAGCCAUAACAAUCUGCGACAAUAAAAAUAAACAUAGGUACAUAAUCAAUUAUAUCCAAAUUAAAAUAAAUAUAUUUUAUAAUACAAGCAUAGAAGUACACAGAAAUGAGAUUUGAGAUUAGAAAACAAAAAAUACUUGAGCCAAUUAUAUUUAAGGAAGACACAAAAAAUGACGAGUUCUGUUAUACAAUUGUUGUAUAAAUCAAAAAAUGUAAAUACCAAUUAUAACAUUGAGGACGCAUUUAUCAGGGCACUAUGACAUUAAAUUUUGCAAUUUCGCAUGACAUAUUUUAUAUUUACAUUAUUUAAUUACAACUUUAUAUUUUAUUCAGAAAUAUCAAGUAUUCUAACUUAACAUUAUAUAUCUAUCUUGAGAGUAAAAUGAAAAGCACAUUUUUUUAUAUGCAGUUAUAAUUAUUAUAAGAUGUUUAAACAGAUAGUAAAUUAUAAGAUAAGUAAAUUUCCAAUAAAAAAAACUAUUAAAACUCUGACUAUAAUUAACCAACAGUUUUUACAAUUUAUAUUAUUUUGUAUUCAAAAUGGUCUUUAAAUAUAUUACACAUUUAUUUCUUUA